UCUCCCUUUCAAGCGACACAAGUCGAAGAAGCCAACUACCAACUACCAAAAUGUUCAAAUUGUUCGUUCUCGCUGCUCUUCUGGCCGUGGCUGCCGCCAAGCCUGGUCACCUGGCUGCUGCUCCUCUGGUCUACAGUGCUCCUGCCACCACCGUCGUCCAGGAACCCGUUCUGGCCAAGGUUGGAGCCGUGGUGAAGAGCGUCCCCACUGCCGUCUCCCACCAGAGUCUCACCCAGGUGCACAGCAGCCCGGUGGUCGAGGAUGUGGUUGCCCCAGUGGUCAGGACCACCGCUGUCCACUCCGCUCCCGUGGUGGCUGCCGCUCCGAUUGUCAAGACUGUGGCCCCCGUCGCCUACUCCGCUCCUCUGGCCUACUCCGCCCCGGUGGCCUACUCCUCGUACUCCUCCCCCCUCACCUACUCCGCCCCCCUGAGCUACUCCGCCCCCGUGGCCUACUCCGCACCCCUGUCCUACGCCGCCCCCGCCCCCCUGCUGCACCAAGCCCCCCUCACCUAUGCCGCCAGCUCCUGGUAA